GCUCCCCUCUCCUUUCACUUUGCCCCGAUCCGCACCCAAACCCUAGCCCUCUAAAACCCCGGAUUUCCGAUGGCCGCCGCCUCGCCACCGGCCUCUCCGCCCCACCCCAAGCGCCCCAAGAUGUCCUCCUCCUCCGACCCCGACGCGGAGCCCACAUCUCCUUCUGCCGCCGACGCCAGGGGGCAGCCCCGCGCCCCCCGCUACAAGCGCCGUAAGGUGGCCAUCAUGCUCGGCUACUGCGGCGCUGGGUACCAGGGCAUGCAGAAGAACCCCGGCGCGCGCACCAUCGAGGGGGACCUGGAGGAGGCGCUCUACCAGGCCGGUGCCGUGCCCGAGGCCGACCGCGCCGCGCCCCGCCGCUACGACUGGGCCCGCGCGGCGCGCACCGACAAGGGCGUUAGCGCCGCGGCGCAGGUCGUCUCCGGUCGCUUCUACGUCGACCCGCCCGUCUUCACUGAUCGCCUGAAUGCCCAGCUCGCGCCCCAGAUCCGCGCUUUCGGCUACGUCCGUGUCACUAACUCGUUCAACGCUAAGAAGUUCUGCGACCGCCGGAGGUACGUGUACCUGCUCCCCGUGUUCGCACUAGACCCCAGCGCACACCCCGACCGCGAGGCUGUCAUGGCGAGCGUCGGGAGUGGGAGUGAGCUUACGAAGUGCGUUGAGUGCUCAGAGAGGGGAAGGAAGGUGCCCGGUGUCAUGGGCCGGGAAGGGAAGGUACCCGAUUCUGUCUUUCAGGAGGAGAAAUCUGUUGAGAUUACCCGGGAGGAAACUGCGGUAGGUUCAAAUGGACAUGCAAAUUGUGAUCCUUCAAGCACUGGCGAUUGUACUAUUGAUUUACCUAUCCCUUGUGAUGAAUCCGAAGCCCAAAUUACUGAAAUGAGUUCAAGUGGUGCAGAAAACUGUGAUGUUGAACCAUCAGGUGCUACUUUUUGUGCUGAAGCUGUACCCGCUAGCAUCACUAAGACUGUUUGUUCCAACCUGAAUUCGGAUGCCAACACAAAUUCAGAUUCAGUUCAUGCUGCUCCUUCAUCUAUGCCUGAAAAUAAGGAUACUUUUGAGGCUGUUGUUACUGAAAAUGAACAGGAACGAGCUAUGGAUGUUGAAAGGAGCAAUGGGGAAGAGAUGACCCUGAAGGGAAGUACAUUUUCUUAUACUGAUGAAGUCAAAGAGAAGUUUAAUAGAAUUCUCAAAUAUUAUGUUGGCACACACAAUUUCCACAACUUCACAACCAGAACUAAAGCAGAGGAUCCUUCAGCCAAAAGGUUCAUUAUUUCCUUUGCUGCUGAUCGUGUCGUCAGUCUGGAUGGGAUUGAUUUUAUCAGAUGCGAGGUUGUUGGCCAGAGUUUCAUGCUCCAUCAGAUUAGGAAGAUGGUUGGGCUUGCUGUUGCAGUGAUGAGGAACUGUGCUCCAGAGUCAAUCUAUGAUGUAGCUUUUCGCAAGGAUGUCAAUCUUAAUGUGCCUACUGCACCCGAGGUUGGGCUGUACCUAGAUGAAUGCAUGUUCUCUUCAUAUAACAAGAAAUGGAAGGAUUCACAUGAGGCGGUUUCUAUGGAACCUUAUUCUGAGGAGGCCGAAGAGUUUAAGAUCAAGUAUAUAUUCUCUCAUAUUGCUGCAAUGGAGCUCAAGGAGGGAGCUGUAGCUCUCUGGUUGCAUUCAUUGAACAGCAGAAAUUAUCCAGAUUUCCGCUACAUGGAUAAUGCUGGAACUGAGGUAAGUGUUGGUGUUGCAGUUGAGAGUGUUGAUGAAGGGACGGUGCCAAGUGAUAAUAUUACGGAAUAAUUCUUUUCCCAAAGGAACUUGUAGGACCCAUAAUACUUGUCUGGUGUAUGAGAGGCUUGAAAAUAUUGUUUAUGAACAAAGACUGGUGUGAAGGCUGCAUCUCUUCACUGAAAAACAGGCUUAAAGAGUCGAGCUGUGUUGAUCUGUUUUCAGCUCUUCCAUAGGCAGUGUUUCCUUGCACGGAUACUAUUUGUCCCAGAAUGUUACGGUAUUCCCAACCCAUAGCACUAGAUAUAGUUUUCAUAAAUUCUCUAUCAUCAAGAAAUACCACUAUUUCAUACUUCAAUUUAAUGCUACUUAUCUCACAUGAUAUAAUUUAAUGCUACUUAUCUCACAUGAUAUCUUGGGUGUUAUGUAGAAACCAUGUCUCAUACAAGAUAUGGUUUUAUUCUCUUUCCUCAUUUAUUUACUUGCCACAUCAAAUUUCAUCCUAUAUGUCAACUUAUUUAAUGUUAUGGACACCAUCCUAGUCAUUGGGUUGGGAAUGGCCUUAUAAAUUUUAUAAAUGUUACUUUUUUUAAUUCCUAGGGUGUGUCUUGACAAGUUACUCUGCCUGGGAAAUGAUUCUGCAAUGUUUAAUUGCUGAAACUAUGAUGGAGCAUAAAUGUUUACUAUGGUUAAUGCCUGUUUGCUUGUCUACCAUUCCGGCAAUAACUUAUUCUUUUAUCCCAUUAGUUUUGCGUUCAAUCUUGGAUGCUGAAAAGGGGUUCACUCAUCUAAUUGAUACUAUGUUUUUGUAUGUUCACAUGUCUGUAUCAGUAAAUAGUUAUGCUCGGCUGCAUUUCUCCUUGCAAAGGAAAGUACUUGAUCGAAGUUUUUACACUUCCGAAAUAAGGUGAUUGCACUUUUUUUCCCCUCGAAACUAAAAUUGGGUUAAAAUUUUGUGUUGUGACACAAUAUACCUCUAACGAAGUCCUUUGCUUAGAAUUGUAUUUGUUGAUAGGUUGAUCGGGAUAAUCGGGGGUUUACUACCCCAUGCUAAUACUAGCAAAUGGCAAUUGGGGACCGGCGAAUAAAUGUACAU